AUGACCACGUUUGCGAGUACGAAGAAAGAACUGAUCCUCAUCAUUGUUGUUCUGAGAUUUAUGGUAGAUGUUAAGGCGUCUCUGUCAGUCGACGAAAGCGCGGAUUUAAGAUUGGAAAGAUUGUUGAUCGAAUUUAUGACCGACUUGAAAAAGUUUACCUUAGAUCAAAUCGACACCGACCACGUGACGGUUUUGGGGAAUAACAGUAUUUGUCUGCAAGCAAUGAAAGUUGUUCUAGAAGGUUACACCCCGAGUUUUAUCGGUACUCACCCAGAGGCCGUCAUCCCUUAUUCUUAUUCCGGCACAGACAGCGUCAUAUUAUUCUUCGUCGACGGGCUGAGCGAUUCGGCAUUGAAAUCGUCCAUUGGUCAAAUAUCUGCAGUUCUAUCCCGGAGGGUGUUGUUGAUAUCGAUCUACAACACAACGUACGAAACAGUGUACAACGCGGUGUUAAAUGCUGAACGAAGCAAGCUAUGGAACAUGCUGUUCGUACGUUUGGAUACCGCCGGGGUGAUGAGGGUUUACAAAAAUGUAGUUGGACCGAAUUGUUUCCCUCAUGUUGUACCAUUAAAUACAUGGACGUCAGGAAAGGGCUUCGUAAAAAACUGCUCGGUUUUCGAAGAAGAGAACGUAAUCAUAAACGGACUUGGCUGUCCCAUGUUCAUCGGUACGAUGAACCUGAUGCCGACGAUGAAGUUGCGCCACGGCGAGAACGACACUUCGCGUAUAGUGGGUGGAAUCGAAGGACAUUUGAUCCGGAGCAUCGCGGAGCAGAUGAAUUUCACACCAAUCGUUAGGAAGCCCUCGGCACCCGAGAAGUUCAUGACACUUCCAAACGGCACGUCUCUCGGCAUUAUCGCCGACGUUGCCGAGGAGAAGGUGCAUCUGGGAAUCGGACAAAUACGUCCUACCUUACGGAGGACGAUGCUCGUCGAUUUCACGGUGCCCUACAACCACGAAUGCAUCGUAUGGACUGUCCCAGCGAGGGCGAAUUACGACUGCCACAUUCUGAGCUCCGUAUUUUCUCCGGCCGUUUGGAUCCUGGCCACUCUUUCGGUUCUACUUUCUGGUGUCCUGAGUCACGUUAUCCGGAAAUUGAGAGCAGAAAACAGCCACAUCCCUGGAUUUGACACCUUCGACGUGAUCUCGGUGAGCCUGACCCACGCAAUACCCCGUCCCCCAGCCAGUCUGCUUUGUAAAUUGUUUUUCCUCUUGUACCUGAACUAUUCCCGAGUGUUGUCAACGGCGUACUCGGCAUCCCUGGCCUCGAUCCUUUCGACGAGAACUCCGAUGCCGACGAUCGUCGACGAGAAGGGGAUUCUCGACGCGGGUCUUCGCACCUCGGGGACGGCGACAAGUCGCGACAUGUUAACGGACCAGAUUUCCCCGGAAAGCGACAGAGUCGAGCUGCUUAAUCGAUACGAAGUUAUCACGAUGGUGGACGAAGCUUUGGCCCGGAUAUCCAGAGGCGAAGACAUCGCCUACCUCCGCCAUUUGUCCACCAUCAAUUACAUCACGGCUGGGUACAUAAGGGCUGGUGAAACCCCGACGUUUCACCCUCUGCGGGACGAGUGUGUCAUCUCGUACAAUUCGGUGAUCGUCACACCGAAAGGCUCGUUCCUCACCAACGAGAUGAACAAGAUCAUAAUGCGGAUAACCCAGUCGGGGAUCUACGAGUACUGGAUGAACGUAGAUCACACGGUUGACAGAAUCGGUAAAAGACCGUAUUCUUACGAUAGUUACACGCUGGCUCAACUACAGUCUAUAUUCAUGCUAUAUUUGUUGUGCCUCGUUCCCGCUUUCCUUGCUUUUAUCGCCGAGCUGAUAGUCUUCGAGAUAAAGAUCAAUAACUACAGCUUCACACCUUCCGCGCUACGACGUAAAAAUACAUAA